UGUCGUCGCUCGCCGGAAGGAAGUGCGCGGCCGUGAAGGGGCCGCUCUCGGCGGGAGGCUCCCUGGUAGGGGCGGCCCGGCGGCAGGAUGCGGCCAUGCUCCCCGACAGCCUCCUCGUCGAGAUCUUCCGCCUCCUGCCGCCCGCGGACGUGGUGGCGGCGGGGCGGGUGUGCCGGCAGUGGCGCCGGGUGGCCCGGGACGAGGUCCUGUGGAGGGGGCUCUUCUACCGGCACUACGGCGUCGCCCGCCACGUCCACAGGCACCCAGCUGCCGCCUCCUGGUACGGAGAGUUCCAGCGGCUGUGCGAGGCCGUCCCGCGCGUGGAGGUGCAGCGCCUGCAGGAGCACGGAGAGCCCGUCCUCCACCUCAGCUUCGCCCACAGCGGCCGCCUCUUCGCCUCCUGCUCCAAGGACUGCACCGUCAAGGUCUGGAACAACGAUCUCCCGGUCUCGCUGCUGCACAGCACCAGCAUGAAGAAAUACAACUGGAGCUACACUCACUUCUCCCAGUUCAACGCGGACGAUUCCCUCCUCCUGGUCUCCGGGGUCUUUAUGGGGCCCCGGACCUCCUCCUCGGGGGAGAUUGCCGUCAUCGGCCUGGAGAACUUCGAACUCCUGUCCCGAGUCCGCAAUAAGCCCUACGACGUUUUUGGCUGCUGGCUGAACGAGACCAACUUGAUCUCCAGCAACCUGCACCGGAUUGGGUACCUCACUUCCUGCUCCGUCUUAUGGCUGAACAACGCCUUCCAGGGCGUCGAGUCCGAGAACGUCAACGUGGUGAAACGGCUCUUCAAAAUCCAGAACCUGAAUGCCAGCACCAUCCGGACAGUCAUGGUCGUUGAUUGCAGCCGCUACAGCUCUCCUGACGAGCUGCCGAGCCCUGGAGAGCAGGUGGGGGAGGGCCCCGCUCCUCCCCACAAGGAGAGCCCCAGCCAGGAGGUGGAGGAGAGGCCCCAGCUGAGGGGUUUCCCGGCAGCCGAAGGGGAGGCAGGGACUGAAGAUGGGCUGGACCGCUUCCUGAGUGACAUCAUGGCGGGACGCGUCCGGCCAAUGAUGACGGAGAUGGAGAUGGAGACGAAAGUGGCCCGACUCCUGGCCCGGAACCGAACGAAACCCCCAGAGCCCAACCUGCUCUCCCUGCAGGGUGGAAACAAGAAAUACCUGGUCUUCACCACCGGCUGCCUCACCUACUCACCGCACCAGAUUGGAAUCAAGCAGAUCCUUCCCCACCAAAUGACAACCGCAGGGCCUGUUCUGGGGGAAGAGAGGAAUUCGGACAGAUUUUUCGAUUCGCUGGAUCAUGUCAUUGAUAUUCACGGGCAUAUCAUUGGCAUGGGCCUCUCUCCAGACCACAGGUACUUGUACGUCAACAGCCGCGCUUGGCCUGAGGGCUGCGUUGUUUCCGAUCCUUUGCAGCCACCCCCCAUCGCUGAGGAGAUUGAGCUGCGCGUGGUGGACCUCAAGACCAUGAAGGAGGCCAAGCGGGCUCUGCGGGCACACCGGGCCUACACGCCCAGCGAAGAGUUCAACUUCAUUUUCCUUGAUGUCAGCAGGGACUUUGUGGCCAGUGGGGCCGAGGAUCGCCACGGAUACAUCUGGGACCGGCACUACGACAUCUGCUUGGCCAAAUUGCAGCAUGACGACGUGGUCAACUCGGUGGCUUUCAGCCCUGUGGAACAGGAGCUCCUCCUGACAGCCUGCGCGGACAACACCAUCAAAGUGUGGCGCUCUCCCCGCACCGCGCGAGUCCUCCACGAGGAGAAGCCCAGACUUCGUAGACGCCUCUUCUCCUGGGCCACGAAGCAGGGAACGUGAGCUGGGCAGGGCUUGCUUCCUUGGGCCAGGAGGCCCGUCCCCUGCAAGCGACCCUGGCCCAGCCCACUCAGCUUCACAGAUGCCCUGCUCGGGUGAGGCCUGGAAGAAUCGCCACUCGAGGAACGGAGCCGCAGGCUGGCAUAGUUCUGUAGGAUGCUGUCACCCUCUGAUGUGGCUCCUGGGCUCUGAACGGCCACGAAGGGAGCCAGGAGACCUGUGCUGCUCCUGCUUGAAUCUCUGCUUGACGGGGAGGUAAGAGAAACACAGCUGGGCCCUGAGCUGGAUUCCCUUCGGUGCCUCUGCUCUCGUUGACCCAGGCGGCCCCCCUCUCCCCCCGAAGGAUUUGGAGCUGCAGCCUGCCGGCCCCUGGGAAGGAGCACGGGUGCCCUCCCGUCCCUGGCUUGGGGGAGUUGCCCACGUUCCCCGAGGAGGGGAAUUACAAGAGGCAGGUGAAGGCACGACUGGUGUUAUUUCUUUUGUGAAGCAGAAAGAAACCUGUUUGUGUGUCUUUGAGGAGGGCUGGGCAGCUUCCACGCCCUGCCAACCUUGGCUACCCAGUGCAGCAUGGCUUGGUCUUAAUAAACUUUGCUUGAGUUGUU